UGUUACUUUUUGAUAAAUAAUUUGAUAUUUUAGGUUUGAGGAUUAAAUACUGACACAAUGGCGGCUUUUUUUGGACGAACUAAAGUCGGAAUACAAAGGUCCAGUAUCAAUGUAUCAAUCGCUAAUGAUCCAAAAGCUAAACUGAUGUACUAUCUGGAUUGUAUGUGCUCCGUGUUAGACCUCAGUGACACAGAUAACUUGAACAGGCUAAGAUACUACGGACAGUACAACUCACUGACUGAGAAGGAAACUGACGCCCUUGUAGCACUUUGCUUUCUAUUGUCCCCAGACGUGCUGUCUGGCAAAGUCAUUUUCCAGGAUGACAGUAUGUGUGGGGAUAAAAAUAAUGAAUUUUAUAAAAUCGAGGCCGUACGUAACAACUUGGUCAUCUGUGAUUCUAUAAUUAUUGGUGGACAACGCAGAGUCGUUUCGCAAAUCAUGGCGUUCAAACAGCAAUGGCUGAUCGACUAUUGGGAAAAUCCAAUGAGGCAUUUUGUUCCUCGACUUGCUCGACUUGCUGAAGGACCUAGUAAUGCCAAGAGUGACAAAAGAAACUGCGACGACUGCUGUUGCGUUAUCUUGUAAAACAUUCGUUUCUUCUUCGUUGGACGCAUGUUUUGUUACCUGUAUACAGAGUAUCAACCUUACAUGUCUCAAAUAUCUAAUUUUACAUUAUAUGCUGUUCUACAAAAUGAUUGUAAUGUGAUAAUUAAUGACCUAUGACUUACACUUUAUAUAUAUUUAUUAAUAUGUUAUUUCAUUUACUAAUCUAAGCAUGAUUUAUUUAACAUAUUUUGAUAAAACAAUCAAUGGGAAAUUCUUAAUGAUGUCUAAUUGCUGAUAUAAGAUAAAGUUAGUUUGUUUACAUGUUUGAAAAUAUUUAUAUUGUUAAUUUAUUCAAAGAUUUUAUUUACGUAUUGUUUUGAUGAUUUGGUUUCUAAGUUGAAAUGGAACUUUAAAUACUGGGAAAUAAUCUUACUACUGAUUAUUUACAACAUUUAUAACAAGAAAUACUGUUGUAUCUCAUAAUGACUAAAAUAACCAGGCGUAAUUUCCAAAAUGUUUGGCAGAAAAAAAAUUGCAUCAAAAUUCUAUAGCAUGAUUUUAUGUGUUCUUCACGGCUGCUAGCAAGGAAAUGGACAGAGCUAUGUCCUGGGCAGUAAAAUCGUAAAGUUUAAAGACCCACUACGAUUUCGCACAAUAGUAUGUUUAUGACUCGCAGGCUGUUUCAUACGACAUCCAUAAAUAUCUGUUAUCCAAUGAGUCGAACUAACUGUUCCUUUAAUCUAGUAUGAGCUAAGGAUAUAACAAAAGUUUUAGAUAUAAAAUAUAUUGUUGGAAAACUAAUUGUUUUAUAAUAUAGAUACGUUAAGAUUUAAAAAAAAGAAACAUUAUAAGGGUAUACAAACAUUUCAUUGACGUGGGGAAAAAGAAGCACGAGAUCACGACAGGUUUUCAACGACUACCAAAACGCUGCACAAACCAAAAUAAUUCAAGUUUAUACUCAUAUCCUCGGUGCAACUUUUAACUAAUAUAAGAAAGUAAUGAUAUCUUAAUCAUAAAGAACAAAACUCAAAAAUUAUAUAUUUAUGCGCACGCGAUCUGAACAGAUUACGAUGUAUGGUCUGAUUUGGAAAAUCAAAAUCAGCCAGUCAAUAUGAUAGUAUAUGCAGUGAAUUUGAUUUUUAAGAUUUUUUUCUGUUCACUCUUUAAGCAAUGACAUUGAGCUUAUGGCCAACAAUGCGGAAUUAUCUUAAUCUAAGAGGUUGAGAGAAUUUUUCAAAAUAAACAAGAAGUGAAACGUUCUUAAACAUGUGUAAUUAUUUGUAAGUAAAAUAACUGAUGAUGAAAAUAUGCAGUUUCAUUAUUCGACAUAUUGUCACUCAAAGUUCAUACACUUACAGGUAUAUUGCACUCAAAGUUCAUACACUUACAGGUAUAUUGCAUUCUUUCUUAAUGUAUUUUCAUGUAUAAUAUGCAGCAAACGAAAUCUAUUUUUUAAUGAAUGCAGUCUAUAAGAAGGGAAACAACCCUGGCAUGUCAUUAUGUUAAUAUUUAUACUAGUUAUAUCCCUUUACAAGUUAAGUGUCGUUUUGAGUCAAUUUCCAUAGAAAAACAUUUGUCAGCAAGUUGUCUAUUUUUCAAAAUAUAAUUUUUAUUGAUUAUACAGACUUGCGAUAUCCGGAGCAAAUUAUGUCCGGAGUAAAAUGAGCCAAAAUGUGCUUUAGUUGUAUACUAUUAUAUCCAUGUAAUUGUUAAUCUUGUAGUAUUUUCAAUAUAUAAUGUUCUUAUUAAUACUGACAUACCUCAUUUCCUUCAGUAAAACGUUAUCAGUCUAA